UUUAUUUAGUACAACUAAAACUACUUUUUAGAUUAUUGUAUAAAGUAUACUUCUCGGGUAGCACUUGGGUAGUGAAAAAAGACAAUGCUUCCCACUUUUUUAAUUUUUCAUUUCAAUCAAAUAUUGCAUUAAACGGUUAAGAUUGUGGCGCCCAUUSUCUUAAAACGAUCAACGAUCAACCUUAAAGAAAUUGCAUCCCAAAGGCGGUUUAAUUUKUUUUAAAUAAAGUCGUCAACCCMSCAUGCCGCCAUAGGAGUUGCAUUUGRUGAAAUYACACAAUGAAACGUGUGAAUUAUUUUCUACCUUUGRCUUAGUACUUAUUUACAUCGCCUUUAUUCCCAACACUAUUGUCAAGCGGAUGUACGCUUCAGAAUCGAAUUAUCUGCUUGCUGCUAAUUACGCCAAUAUUUGAUAAUAAAAAGGUUCCCUUUCUUUUUUUCUGUGGUUAAAAUACGUUUUAGUCAUAUUCAAAGAAACCCGACUCUAUGGCAUUAUUUGAUCAAAUUCUCUAAAUUUACAAUCGCAUUGGGUAAAUAUGUCCCAUUUUAGCCACUUGAGAGGGGAUUUCGCCUGCCUGAAUAAACAUUAAGACCGAAGUCAAGUCCAGCAUCUGCCAAAUUAUGAAUUAUUCAUUGCACCUGCUAAGCUUUUUUUUCUUUAUAAAAUUCCAUCUCAAUGAACAAGAACGUCCCUGGGGUAGCUUAAAGAUCGUUGAGGGUUGUUGUUUAAAAGCGAUAUUUUUGUUUUCAGCCAAAGUCUUCCUGUGUAUCCUCACUGUAACACUGAUAUAUUUUUCACAAUUUGAAAAGCAAUUGACGCUACAUUGUAGGCUCGAGUGUAAAUGGCCUUUUGGUAACUUGGCAACUUGCUUGGGAAAGUUUUUGUUUCGUUUUAUCAUCUAUUCAUACAWUUAAAUUUUAAUGACAUAUGCGGUUCUUGUCAAAACACAUCGUAUGGUGCCUCGUUUUUGUUGGAUUGUGGGCAAUGGAGACAGUUUAAUUGGCUGGAAUAUAUUGGAUCAUUAUAAUUGUUAUUCAAGCUGGACCUCAUCGUGGGAUUAACGCAAUUAGACAAAUUGUACAAGGUUUUAAUCGUGUCGACAGUAAAACGAAAUCGAGGUCGAGAGUGGUGCUGAUAUCUUUUGAUAGGUAUCUUUGAGUGUCUUUGACAUACACCGCCUUGUGAGUGUAAUAACAUAUGACAUCACAAGACGGACAUCGCAUGGUAGAUAAAUACGGACAUGAACUCAUUUGAUCCCAUAACAUUACAGUCAGUGAUAUUCCAAGAAGAAGAGACAGCGAUUCCAAUGGGAUUGAUUACAUAUAUCGACUUUUAAAGGAUAUUUAAAACACUUAGCAAAAACUUCCAAUAAUUGAGUCAUUGUGCUCAGUUUCAGCUUUGACGAUUAUGACUGAUGCAAACCUAAACCAUACACUAGUGGUUUACAGCAAAGACGARUCGAUUGUCCAAGCGACGUCUCUAGUUCUUAUCAUGGUGGUGGCAAUACUUGCUAACGUGGUGAACAUUACUGUAGUUGCAUUCAACUACUCCAUGCAGACCCCGAGGUACAUGUUUAUCAUUAACUUGGCUUGCGGUGAUCUAGGGGUCACUUUACUGUCCAUGCCAUUUUGUCUUGUUACCAGUAUUGCAAGAGAAUGGGUCUUCGGAAGUGAGUUCUGUCAGCUCCAUGGUUUCUUGGGAUCGCUGUUCUUCUGUAUAUCAAUAUUUACCCUAACUAUAAUGAGCAUCGAACAGUAUUACGCGUUGGUAAAGCCUUUAUCUCGAGCCAUUACCAUCAAGCGUGCCUGGGGGAUGAUCAUCUUUGUGUGGUCUUUCAGUAUACUAGUAUCAAUUCAACCUGUCUUUGGCUGGGGAUUCUUCUCSUAUAACUCCAGCACCCUCGCCUGUGGUGUCGGCUUCCCAAGACGGUUAUCAGAUCGCAUUUACUUAUUACUMAUAGUAACAAUCGCAUUUCUAACUCCAUUGAUCAUUAUGGGCUAUGCUUUYGUCAGGAUUUUCCUUGCCGUAAGAAAACAUGCUAGUCGRAUAGCAAAAUAUACCAAAGGCGGAUUACAAGUGAUACGUCUACAAAGACGAAUAACCUUUACUCUGCUCUUAGUUCUUAUAGUAUUCUURUUAUGCUGGAUGCCCUUUGUCAUGCUCAUAGCUUUAGCAAACGUUAGGAGAGACGUACUACAACUACCUCGGGGACUAGGRGUUGCCGCCUACUGGUGUGGUUUCUUCAAUUCCGCAAUCAAUCCAAUAAUUUUUGUUAUCAGAAAUGAUAAAUUUAGAGARGGAUAUGUGGAGAUUUUGUCGAGUAUGUGGGAUUUUMUUCGMUGUAAAGGUCGAAGUGGUUUCGCAAAACGCGGUCAACGAAGAACAUGGGACCUUGGUCARUCGUUAAAAAAAGCAAGACCGAGUGUGGUGUUGUCGAACAUAACAGGUGUCGUCGCGCCACAAGAAYUAUUGAAUGAAGAAAAUUAAGCACCAAAAAUGUUAAAAGCCGAAACUAAGAGAAUCGUUGUAAAUUUACUUUGAUAAGAAAUUAAGACAGGUAUUUAUUGAUAUUGAAAUAAAAGAUAAAUUAUAAGGAAAAUUGUCAAGAAACAAAGGGAAACAUAUUGACGAAAUGUGCGGCAUUUCAAUUCGCGAAGACUUCAAUUCAAAAUUAUGUUUCUGAAUACGAAAAGCCGUCUUGAUUAAGGUUCAAUAGAAGAAAAAUCUGUAGGUGGCAAACAAACAACGGCUGGCAUGCAAACAAAUCUUGAUGAGCUGUCGUCUACUCGUACAUACUCUAUUCAUUCUAUUUUGAAACAUAUGCUCAAUGCUUUCUUCACCAUGUUUUAACAGCACUCGUGUUUGAUAACAGCACUGCAAAAUAAAGCUAAACCUCUUGGUUCAUUUGGUUAUUUAAUCGUAAUGAGACAAAAGCUCAAGAAUUUUAAACCACGUCAAUGUCAGAUAUUCUGACACGGCCUAAAAAUCUGUUUGCAAAUAUACCGUUAUGACACCGGUCAUUCCUUCGAAAAAGUCGCAAAACAACGCGAUGUUUCCUUUACUGAUAAUAGCUGGAAGCCGAGAAAGUAUUGAACCUUUAAGUGGCUGUCGUGUUUUCUUUUGUUUUGACAAUCCCAAGAGACCGCUAAUCUAAUUGAGGUCCUUCUAAAUCGGACUGAAAAGAAUGUCGUGGGCUGCUUUUUUUCGUUUGCUCCACCAAAACUGUACGUGUUAAAAGAAAACUGAGUUAAUACCUCUAAUCAGUUGCUAUUAUCAAUAUUUUAUUCUCUUUUGGUGCUAAUUAUUUUAGUUUUGAAUAACAAUAAGUAGUUUUUGACACCAGUCAACUCUGCAUUAGCCUAAGAGCAAACAAAUAGCAGAUAGAAGCGUCUUAAAGGUUUUAUGGGUGCUGCCGGUAGUUCUUUCAAAAUACCGAGUUUGUCAGUUAAGCUAAUGUCUCAAACGAUGCUAGCUCAGUGCUUUAGGUUCGCAGCCGCGCUAACGGUAUUCUAAUCCUUAUGCAAAAUAUKUUUUCUUCUCUUUUCCAAUUCAUUAYUUUUCAUCCCUUUCUUUCAUUUGUWUUAAUUUCUUGUUUUUAUAUGUUAUUCCUUUCGUCUCCUUUUCGAGGGGCAACAUGCAAUGGCGCUGAAAAGCCGCACUCAGCAGGUUCUCUUAGUUUCAGUUCACAUGUAGUUUUAUUGCAAACGAUAUUCUUUGUUUCACUUGAUCCAUGCUGAGUGGCAGUGAUAGGCAAUUAAAGGAAGAGGAAAAUGAAUUGAAUUGAAAAUUCGCAAAAACAGGUGGCAAGAAAGUUAAAAAAUGACAUGGAAUGAGUUUAGAAACUGGAGAAAACAAAGAUACAACAGAAAGACAGAAAGAAAAAUAUAAAAAGAAAAGAAAGAAACUGUGAAAACAAAUUUUAUUAUAUAAUUAUAUCUAAGAAAUACAUAUAUUUCUCUAGUCUUUCGAAAAGUUGUUAUUUUCACUACAUUCGAGGUUUCUAUAUAUAUUGGAAGUAAAAAAAGUACUUUAUCUUCUCGUGGUUAAAAUCWCUCAUURCGCUCGCUACGCUCACUCGUGAGAGAUGUUUUAUUCAGUACUGGAAUAUAAAAUCCGUAUCUCCGCGCGCCCAUGUAAUGUCCUCUAUUUGUCUUUCAUUAGCGUACUCUGAGAAGACAUCAUAUUGAUUUAUAUGUUAUGGUAAAACACAUAAUCGUCCGAGGCAAAAAGUCGGAAAUACGAYUUUCCUUUUUCGAGCACUUUCAUUUUCAUAAUGAGACCGCAGAGCGCUGAUAAGUAGCGAAGGCUACGCCACACGAAACUCAAAGGUGAUCAUGACACCUUUAUUUCAGCCAUCAUCUGUGAGUUAAAAGAACAGGGUCAUUUUAGUAGGAAAUUUGACAAAAAGGGAUCGUUAUUUGGGUUCCUUGUGUAAGAGGGUAUGAGGUAGGGUGCCCCUAGGCAGUAUCUCUUAGUUUAUAUACUCCCAACCUAUUCUUGGCGUGCAAGUUACGUCAUCACCGCCAUGUUGGAUGAAGAUCACAAAGCAUUCCUAGUUCGUUUCUCUUGUUCAUCCAAUAUGGCGGCGAUAGCUUUUUUCAGUCUUUAUUCUCAGGGGAUUCUUGGUCACCUGGUUGCACACCAAGAAUAUAGGGGCACCUUAUAUCAUGUAAACAACCCCUACCUUCGAGGAUGUAUAAAGAAAGGCAGGUUUGAAUUGUUUUAGGCAUGAUACCUUUACUUAGCAAGUGCAUACUAGGCAGUGAUGURGAAUUGUGAGCGAGUUUCCGCAAAAAAAAAGCACGAAGUCACGCAGUUGUGCGUCUAGCUUCAUUCAUACGCUCUUGGAGCGUGAAGUCGGACUAGCUGCUUUUGAAAAUUGAGAA